AUGACUUGGGAUCUCAGGUCCAGCCCUGAACAGUGGGCAGUGAUUCUCAAAUCUAGGGUAUUAAAAUAUAUGUCCAUUAUCAAGUAUCACAUUUUCUCUUCAAUUUGGUCUACUGUUAAAACUGAAUGGUUUAACAUUAAUCACCACUAUGCUUGGAUUUUGGAUAAGGUCUUUAACAUUAACGUUUGUUUGGAUAGUUGGUGUGGUUCCCCUUUGGUGCUCAACACUUCUGUCGAGUUUCUGCAGCAACAUGAUAUAUCUACUAGCUCUUUGGUUUUUGAUUUCAUCUACAACAGAUCCUGGCUACUUCCAGGAUUUGGUCAGACCUUUUCCCUUUCAGCUAAGGCUUAA